AUGGCUCAGGCGCCUCAGAACAACGCGCCUAAUGCAGGUUCGGCAUCUAUCGGGCCAGACACGACCUUCGUCAACCCUAGCGACAAGUUCUGGUCGCUCUAUAUCGAAGAUGCGGAGAAAUAUGACAAGGUUCGACUCGAGAGAUGGAAGGGGGACACCGAUGGGAUCUUGAUAUUCACCGGUCUAUUCGCUGCCACGGUGGCGACCUUUGUUGUUAGCACCAUCCCAAGUCUCUGUCCCGACUCUGGUGACCAGUCCGCGGUCCUCCUGGCCCAGGUGCUCUCCGUACUUGUGAAUAAUACGGAUAAUGGCACACUACCUGAUGGUGCACCCCCGAGCUACAGUUUUGAAGCUUCUACGUCAUCGGUUUGGAUCAAUUCGCUUUGGCUUGUCAGCCUGUUCCUAUCGUUGGUCUGCGCUCUCGGCGCGACUCUAGCGCAACAGUGGGCCCGGAUAUACUUGCAACAAGUGCAGCGCCGUGGUAGCCCCAGUGUAAGGGGGCCACAGUACGCCGCGCUCACGCAAGAACUCGAGAACUUCCAUAUGGAAGAUGUCAUCACCUGGGUUAUAUCAAUGCUUCAUGUCGCUGUUUUGCUGUUCUUCGCCGGGUUGCCCAUCCUGAUAUACCCUACUGAUCGCCGUGUCGGUAUCGUUUUAGCCGCCGACGUAUCGCUCGCCCUAUAG